AUGGGCAAGAGGCUUCUCAAGUGGGCUGAACCCCAUGCCUGCUCUGCCGCCUUGAUGACUCCCACUAUGCAGGGGAAAGUCAAGAGCACUGUCAUGGAGGUGGACGAGCGUGUCCACACCUUAACUGAGAGCUUUGAGCUCUUUGCACCUGAAGCUCACCCUGGCGAUUGGUUACUGGACCGCUAUGCAGACCGUCUCUGCUUUGACGAGUGCAAUCCCAUCCAGGAUAGGUGCCUGUAUCUUGACGAGCUCAUCGCGACUGCAAGGGCUGACCCACUUACAGUACUGGCUGCGGCUGAUGGCUCUGUCCCUCAGUCUAACCAGUAUCAGGCGACUUCAGACACUAUUAUCUACAAGGGACAGCACAAGCUCAAUAGAACCCACUACGUCUCUGGCAGGGUUACUGCACCUGAUGUGGAGCUCAAUGCCAUUGCAUGUGCAGUGCGCCUUGCUGUCAAGCAGGCAAACUGCCAACAUAUCAUGGUCUUUACUGACUCUAUGGGCUCAGCCCAUAGAGCUGUGGACCCCUCCAUGCAUUCUGGGCAGGCUUUCAGUCUGUCUGUCUGUCGCGCUCUUCAAGUGUGGUUCAAAGCAGAUGACCUCCGCCACAUCACCUUUGUCUACGUUCCAUCUGCUCUGCGUUGGGACAUCCAUGGUGAGGUGCACAAGUAUGUCACCGAGCUAAAGGUCAGAGUUGGACAUCGCAAGAUGGACAAUUCUACAGACACGCUAUGCUCCCAAGCUGCACAUUCAGUCCUGGACUUGUGGAGCUCCACUUUUCAGGAUCCUACCUACUGGGGCUCUGAAUUUCUAGAGCUUCAAUGGCCUGACAGGUGGCCAAUUCAGCCAUUGUACCUCAAUGGGGGACCUUGGCUUUCAUACUUCGGACACAGCAUUUCUGAGUUCACUCGCGUUUGCUGGUGCAUAACUGGCCACGCACCCAUUGGAGCGUAUUAUCGUUGCUUCAAAAUCAAUGAGCCCCAUGGCUGCACUUGCAGGGCUGCCUUGCAGUCCUGCCAGCACGUCCUCUUUUGCUGUCGUGAUCAAUAUUCUGUACACUAUCCCUGGUUUCUCAGGGAUAUUGCAUUGUUUCUGAAGCACAACCCUACGGCGUUUGGCUUCAACUGA